AUGGAAGGAAGACGUUCUUCAACUCUCCCAGGAGGUUCCCGUCGGGGACAGACUGGGGGAUAUCUUCCAAUUGAGGAUUAUGGAAUGAUUGGGAAUAUGCAUACCUGUGCUCUUGUGGGAAUUGAUGGAAGUAUUGAUUAUAUGUGUUGGCCUGAUUUUGAUUCUCCCUCUGUAUUCUGUCGCUUGCUUGACAAGAAUAAGGGAGGCCAUUUCUUCAUCUCGCCUCCUCCCAAUGUGAACUGCACCACCAAGCAGCAGUAUUUGCCUUCUUCAUGUAUUCUUCAGACGAGAUCUAUUCAUGAAGACGGCGUUGUUGAUGUAGUCGACUUUUUCCCUCGUCCAAAGAGCACUCAGAUUACGACCAAGGGUGUGAAGCUUAACGCUUACCGAGAAGCUACCAAGGUCCAGGAUGAACUCAAGAAGUGGCUUGUUCGUCGAGUGGAAUGUAUUCGCGGUUCUAUGAAUCUCGACAUCGAGAUCUUCCCAUCAUUCAACUAUGGUAGAGACGACCAUGAGACAACAUUAUUUCAAGCUCACCACUCAACAACCGACACAGCCAGCAAAGUUGCUACUUUUCGCAGCAAAGAUACUCAGCUCCAACUCGACUUCGCAGUAGAAAAGGGAGAAAACGAGACAAGCUGCCCUCUCAUAACCUUCAGAAAAGAGAAACGUGACGGUAUUCAUGGUGAAGGCCUGGUAGCCCAGAUCCGCAUCGAAGAAGGCCAGACUAUUUCCUUCGUGCUUAGGAAUGAUAUUGAGCAGCAUAUCACGGAGAAUAUCACGACUGAUGUUCUAGAUGCGCAGCAGCAUGCUACCCAGAGCUUUUGGUAUAAUUUUAUUGCGCAGUCCAUGUAUAAGGGGCGAUGGAGGGAGGUUGUGUCGAGGAGUUUGAUGAUUCUCAAAAUGAUGACUUACGAACCAACUGGAGCCAUCAUAGCUGCCCCAACCUUCUCCAUCCCCGAAGCCAUCGGCGGCGUGAGAAACUGGGACUACCGCUACUCCUGGAUCCGCGACUCCAGCUUCACAAUCUAUAUUCUCCUACGUCUCGGCUUCAAAGCUGAAGCAGAUGCAUACAUGGAGUUCAUAAUGGAACGAUUCGUACAUUCGCGCGGUCCUGAUGGUGGAUUGCCUAUCAUGUUUACCAUCCGUGGUGAAACUGACAUCCCAGAACUUACACUGGAUCAUCUUGAAGGAUAUCGUGGAAGCAGUCCUGUUCGUAUUGGUAAUGGGGCGGCAUUUCACCAGCAAUUUGAUAUCUAUGGCGAGCUUAUGGAUGCGAUCUACCUGUACAACAAGUAUGGAAAGCCGGUUCCUUGGGAUGUGUGGAAGGCUGUGCGUGAGAUUCUUAACUACCUUUUGACAAUCCUCGACGAUCCUGACAUGUCCAUCUGGGAAGUCCGCAACAACAAACAGCACUUCACUUACUCCCAAAUCAUGCUCUGGGUUGCAUUUGACCGAGGUCUUCGUCUUGCUGACAAGAGAUGCUUCCCCUGCCCUAACCGCAGCAAGUGGAUGGAAGCGAGAGACAGCCUCUACGAGCGCGUAAUGGAGAAGGGUUACAAUGAGGAAAUGAAGUGCUUCGUACAGAGUUUCGAGAGCAGAACUAUGAUCGAUUCCUCCAUUCUCAUUGCUCCUCUCGUCUUCUUCAUCUCACCCUGCGAUCCGCGCUUCACGAACACUCUCGACCGUAUCCUUCUACCCCCUGAGAAGGGCGGCUUGACAAGUACUGGUCUAGUAUACCGUUACGACACCACACUCUCCAACGACGGAGUAGGUGGACACGAAGGCGCAUUCAGUAUGUGUACGUUCUGGCUGGUUGAAGCUAUGACCAGAGCAGCUGUGUACGAACCAAAGUAUCUCGUUCGAGCUGUCAACUUGUUUGAGAACAUGCUUGGUUUCUCUAACCAUCUAUGCAUGUUUUCUGAGGAGAUCGCACGAAGUGGUGAGCAGCUUGGAAAUACGCCUCAGGCUUUCAGUCAUCUCGCUUUGAUCAGUGCUGCUUUCAACCUUGAUCGUGUCGCGAGGUAA